GGGAUUGCAGCGGCACACCGCGCCGAGGUGCCGCAGACCGUUCACGUGUGUGUUGGUGUGUGUGUGUGCAAGUUUUGUGUCUGUGUGUGUGUCACUCAAGUCGUUUUGCGCAUGUGUGUGUAGUGCACAGUGGACUUUUCACCCCCUUCCUCUGGAUUAUGACAAGACUGCAAGUAUGCGUGGCGGCGGUCGCUGUGCUGCUGCUCCGCGGGGCGCUGGCGCAGCGCGAGACCAUGCAGGACGGCGGCUACCACGGUGACGAGCGUAGCCUCGCCGAGGACAUGGGAGGCAGUGGCGGGCUGACGGUGCAGGAGCCCCCGGCGGGCUGGCCACUCAGCGAGCUCCGGGCCUACGAGCACCACGGAGACCACCAUCAUGCGAGGACGGGCCGCUGGGAGGCGUCCGCCGACACGUCGCCGUGGACCGCUGUCGAGGAGACGGAGCCCGAGGCGGCGGCCAGCGAGUCCCGGGGCUCGGUGCGGUGGUUCAGCGCCACGCCCGCACCCGUCGUGGCCGCCGCCGCCGUCGACGACCAGCAGUCCAUGCCGGCGGAGCCCGGCCAGUGGUACGCGGACGUGCCCUUCCAGCAAGGCCUGCCCCCGCGCCAGGGCCGCGUGCUCGCCGCCAACCCCGACACCAACAUGAACAUGCCGCCCCAACAGCCCGCGCCCGCGGCACCCGAGCACGCCGUCGCCUUCUUCGCGACGCCGCAGGACGCGGAGGCGGCGGCGGGUAGCGACGCGCCCGCGGGGCAGCCGUGGCAGCCCUCCAACUCGCGGUACAAACGCAAGCGGAAGCAGAACAAGCAGAUCCAGCAGCAGGUUGAGCAGGAACAGAUGAUGCAUCACCAGCAACAAGAGCAGCAGCAGCAGCAACAACAAUUCCUGCAGCAGCAACAGCCGCAGGUCCAGCAGGACGACCCACAACUGCAGCACGAAGCGCCCCCGCUCGAGGUGAAGAAGACGAAGAAGACCGUAAAGCGCGUCAACAAGAGGAGACCGUCGCACACGUACGCCCCACAGCCGCAACCAAUCAUCAUCUCGAACGGCGCCCCCGGGCCACAGGGCCCCCAGGGCCCCGACCCAACCGUCAGCGUGGGCUACAGCAUCGGCUUCGCGGCCCCCGACGGCGGUGCCGUGGUGGGCGGCGGCGUGGCCGCGCCCCCUCAGCUCCAAGCCCCCGGCGGCCAGGAGUACCAACCGCACCGCGGCACGGUUCAGAACGACGUCGUCCAGGGCGAGGUGGUGCACGGCGAGGGCGCCGUCAGCUACAGCAACACGCUGCUCGGUAACAAGGCGGUGCCGCACCAGCCGACCCAGGGCGUCAACGUGGUCAACGUGGUGAGCAGCUCGGCCAUCAACGGCAGACCCAUCUACGUGCCGCCGCUGCAACAGUCCUCGCUGAGCGCGCCGUCCGGGCCCUCUGGCCCGCCCGCGGGCUACCAGCCCCUGCCAACGCCCCAGGCCCUGGUCGGAUCGCCGUCGCCCAGCUACACCUUGAGCGUGGUGACCGCUGCGCCCUCUGCCGGCCCCGUCGUGGUGAGCACCACGCCGUCGUACGUAGUCCGAACGCCCCACUCCAUCUUCGGCAGCGGCAGCACCACAAAGAGGUAA